UUUCAGGCCUCUUACAAUUCUUAAGGAAGUUCAAGACUCAGGGCAGAUCAGUCUCGAUUUCGAGAUAUUCAGGGAUGAACGUAGCUAUAGAUGUGUCUUGAUGGAUCCAUCAAGGAGCGUACUACUGUGAUUUUAGCGAAGGUAUCGAACACUGUAUCAAAAUUAAGAAUGCUCAAAGAGUAUAAAAUCAAGCCAAUAUUCGUCUUUGACGGAGCUCCUAUCCCAGUCAAGAGCAGAAUUCAAGAGAUCAGAGCUAAGAUUAGGCUAAAAUCUAGAGAGAAGGUCGCCAGACUGUUGCGUGAAGGUAAUAAUGAGGCUGCCAAAAAGUACGGAGAAAGCUUCACUAUCACUCCUUACUUGGUCCAAAAAUUAUAUAAGGUCAUCAAGAAUCUUGGGUGAAAAUGUAUCGUUGCUCCUUAUGAAGCCGAUGCUCAGCUGGCUUAUCUCUUCAAGACAAGGCAGGCUGAUGUAGUCUUUACAGAAGACUCUGACCUCAUUGCCUAUGGGGUGACUAAACUAUUUUACAAGCUUGAUAAUGAUGGCAAAGGGUAUGAAAUCAACAUGGAAGGCCUCUUUCAUGAAGACUUUCUCUCGAAUGAAAAACAGGAGAACAUCGAUCCUAAUCUUUAUAAGCCAGAUAAAAUGAUUCAGAUUGAUCUCUGAGAAGAGCCUUCAGAAGCUGAGAACAGCAUGUGGUUCAUCGAGAGCCAGAGGGCUUCCCAGUCUAUCUUAGAAAAAGAACCAACAGAGAAGAUUCCUAUAUUCAGUAAAGAUAAAUUCUUAUUAAUCUGCAUUUUGGCGGGAUGAGAUUAUCUGGAACCAAUUAAAGGAAUUGGAUUCAAAACAGCUUAUAAACUUCUGACACAAUAUCCGACUGUGGAGAAAGCCAUAAUGAGUAUUAUGGCUCAGAAGAAGUACACAGUGCCUCAAGGCUACCUCGAGAACUUUAAGUUAGCUGUUAUGACAUUCUUAUUCCAAAUUGUGUACGACCCAGUGAAGGAAGUCUGACUAAAUCUGACUGACCCAAAGGAAAAUAAGCAAUAUGGUGAAUUGUUCUUGAACUGCAAAAACCAAGAUUUCCUUGGACAAAUGAUUCCGAAGGAGUUUGCAAAAGAUAUCUGUGCUUGUCAGAUCGAUAUUAGAACCAAAAAGCCAUUUGAUCUAGAUUUCUUGCUGCAAGAAUACUGUGAAGUCAACAAUCCAGUUCUAUUGAUCAGCUCUUCAGAGGAUGAAGAGAAGUCUCUUGGUCUUAUGGAGAUAUCAGACUUCAGCAAUUUAACGGCCUCGAAGAGAAGACAAGCUCCCGUCAGGAGAAAAUUCAGCUUCAAUCUUGGCAAGACAACUUGUGGAAAGAAAAGAAAAAGAAUUCCUUCUCCUUUCAGAGACAAAUUUUGAGAGAAUGUGAGAAAUUCUGAGAGCUAUAAGAAAAUGAAAUUUAACAAGAAUACUAAGAAUAAAAGAUUCAGACAACUAUUAUUAACAGACAAGGCUCUGUCAAGUAAUAAGUCAGAUUCUGAUGAAGAUCUCCCAUCAAAUUCUCUCAUGGCGAUGUUCAAGAGAGCUAAAAGAAGUGAAGAAAUUGCUGAGAAGAGCCAUGUGGUUAUCCCAAAGCUCCAAACUAUCAAGAAGAAGACUUUCAUGAGCUCCAUUAUGACUCGUCCAGAUCAGAAGGAUCUUAAGACUCCUCUGAAGCCCAUUAAGAUGCCUAAAAACUUGCAAAGGUUUUCAUCUCCCUCUGCUUAUAAUUUCAGGUGCACACUUUCAAAAAAGUUUUAA